CCCCCCCCCCUCUCUCUCUCCCUCUCCAAGAGGUUGUUUCGAGAUCCAGGAAGAGAAGACUGGAGUAGACGGAUCGUGUAUCGAAUCGAAAAUAGAAAAGGAAUAAUGGGUUAUAUCGGAUCGCAUGGUGUUGCAGCUCUUCAUAGAUACAAAUACAGUGGUGUUGAUCACUCUUAUCUUGCCAAAUAUGUGCUUCAACCCUUUUGGACCCGAUUCGUCCAUUUCUUCCCGCUGUGGAUGCCACCCAAUAUGAUAACACUCAUGGGGUUUAUGUUUCUUGUCACAUCUGCUCUGCUGGGUUAUAUAUAUUCACCUCAGCUGGAUUCCCCCCCGCCACGUUGGGUUCAUUUUGCACAUGGCUUACUUCUGUUUUUGUAUCAGACAUUUGAUGCGGUUGAUGGGAAGCAAGCACGCAGAACAAGUUCCUCCAGCCCACUGGGAGAGCUCUUCGACCAUGGUUGUGAUGCACUUGCUUGUGCGUUCGAAAGCAUGGCAUUUGGAAGCACUGCUAUGUGCGGAAGAGAUGCUUUUUGGUUCUGGGUUAUUUCAGCCGUUCCAUUUUAUGGAGCUACAUGGGAACACUAUUUUACCAACACACUUAUUCUUCCGGUAAUCAAUGGUCCUACAGAGGGUCUCGCCCUUAUAUAUGUCAGCCAUUUCUUCACCUCCAUUGUUGGUGCUGAAUGGUGGGCUCAGCAGUUUGGGAAUUCCAUACCCUUGUUUAGCUGGGUGCCAUUUGUUAAUGAGAUCCUGACAUACAGAGCUGUACUAUACAUGAUGAUUGCUUUUGCUGUUAUACCUACUGUUGCAUUCAACGUGUCUAAUGUCUAUAAGGUUGUUCAGUCAAGGAAAGGGAGCAUGCUUCUAGCGUUAGCUAUGCUUUAUCCCUUUGUUGUGCUUCUUGGAGGAGUUUUGAUUUGGGAUUAUUUGUCUCCAACUGAUCUCAUUGGAACGUAUCCUCAUUUAGUUAUACUGGGAACUGGACUUGCAUUCGGAUUUCUUGUGGGAAGGAUGAUCCUGGCUCACUUGUGUGAUGAACCAAAAGGGCUCAAAACCAACAUGUGCAUGUCGUUGCUGUAUCUUCCCUUUGCGCUUGCAAAUGCUCUAACAGCUAGACUAAAUGAUGGGGUCCCCUUAGUUGAUGAGUUCUGGGUUCUUCUCGGCUACUGCAUAUUCACAGUGUCGCUUUACUUGCACUUUGCAACUUCAGUCAUUCAUGAGAUCACCACCGCCCUUGGGAUCUACUGCUUCAGGAUUACUCGUAAAGAAGCCUGAGAAAGAAAGGAAGAAGAAGAACGGUUGAUGAAGAUUUUUCUUUCCCAGGGGGUCGUUCAAUGCCUGAUGAACACGAUUAGGGACAUGUUGUGACCGGACAAUGAGUUAAAGAUGGGUUUGUAUUUGGAUUUAGACCGUCAAGAAUACGGAUCGUUGGAUUUUUUUUUAUUUUUUUUUUGUUGGGUUCCUUGUGCUCGUCAUUAGUUUCGGGAUUAGUUAAUUUAUUUUUUAAAACUUUUGUAUUAUUUCGUUUUUGGCACCAGAGGGUAUAUGAUAGCAGUUUCUGGAGAGAAAAAAGACCAUUAGACUAUUAAUUAUUGUUUCUGUUGUAACGUUUUC